AUGAAUUCAGAAUAUGAUUUGAUCAUAAUCGGUGCUGGAAUUGUGGGGUGUGCCGCAGCCGUUGCUUUUGGAAAACAAGGAAGAAAAGUUUUACUUAUUGAAAGAGACAUGAGUGAACCCAAUAGAAUUGUUGGUGAAUUACUGCAACCUGGAGGUGUUUCAGCUUUGGAAAAACUUGGUUUAGCAGAAUGUUUAGAAAAUAUUGAUUCAAUUACUUGUUAUGGAUAUGGUGUUUUUUAUGAAAAUGAAAUUGUUCACAUACCUUAUCCAAAUAUCAAUGGCAAAGCUUCCCGAGGUCGUUCAUUUCAUCACGGAAGAUUUAUCAUGAAUCUUCGAAAUGCAGCCUCAAAAAUAACAAAUGUCACUAUUUAUGAAGCUGUGGCGAGUGAUAUUAUUAGUUGCCCGGUAACUGAACGUGCAUUAGGUGUAAUAUGUACGCCUAAGGGUGAGAGUGAUAUUCGCCAUUUUUAUGCACCUUUAACGAUCAUUGCUGAUGGUUGUUUUUCAAAGUUUCGUAAAGACUUUAUCCUGAAAGAUGUACAAGCAAAAUCUAAUUUUGUUGGAUUUAUAAUGAAAGACGCUAUACUUCCAUUCCCGAAUCACGGUCAUGUAGUACUAGCUAAUUCGCCGAUUUUGAUGUAUCAGAUCGGCACGCAUGAAACACGCGUAUUAGUUGAUAUUCCUGGAAAGUUGCCAAGUAAUGGCACAGGAGAAUUAAAGAAAUAUAUUGAAAGUAAGGUUUUACCAUUUAUUCCAAAAUCGGUUCAGCCAUCCUUUCGUGAAGCAUUACAAACUGAACGUCUUCGAUCAAUGCCAAACAGUUUUUUGCCACCUUCUACCAAUGUUCAUGGUGGAUUGAUUAUUUUGGGUGACGCAAUGAAUAUGAGGCACCCUUUGACUGGUGGUGGUAUGACCGUAGGCUUUCGUGAUGUAGUGAUACUUUCCGAUCUUUUAUCUCCUACUCAAACACCAGAUUUCAACGAUAUUGGACUUAUACUGGCUCAAUUGCAAGUGUUUCAUUGGAAACGAAAAUUUUAUUGUAGUACUGUGAUAAACGUACUUGCACAAGCAUUAUAUUCUUUAUUUUCUGCAGCAGAUGGUAGGAAAUUAAUUCUCUACAAAAAUGUAUGUAUUAUGACAGCUUAA